CAAUCAUGUCUACCACCGACCAAACAAAAUACAAACUCUGCUAUUUCGUCCCUCCAUCUUCUCUCCAAGCCACUAAAACCGCAAUCUUCGCUACAAACCUUGCGGGCCAAUUCAUUCCUGGUCCAGACAGCACUCCUGACAUCGGCACACGAGGCAAACUCGAAGUUCUAGAGGAGGUUAGAGUGGAGAUGCAGGUACUAGGAAGAGAAAAUGUGAAAAAGGUUGUUGAGGUGUUGAAGAAAGCUCAUCCUUACGAAGUUCCUGUGUAUGAGAUUUAUAAGAUGGAGGACUUU